AAAAAAGGAAAUUUCAUGAGUAAAUCCAGAUUUCUGGCUUCCAUGGGAAAAUGAGAGUAUUUGGCAAUGCCGAAUAUUCUCUUGACAUCUGUUGACUGAGGAGUGUUGCCUGCUAUACAUGGGGACUUAGGCAUCCACUUGAGGUCUGACUGUUGCCUAGGACCUCACGUCUGGCCUCUGGGGGUAUUUUGGUGUAAGCAUUAAGUUUGCUCCAUUAGUUUACUAGAUCUAACUGAGAACCAAGGACAGGCCUUAUUCCAGACCCUGAAACACACACAAGUUCUAACAUGGACUAUGGUGUUAUAUUUAUGGUGGAGGUGAUUCUGAACAAUAGAUUCAUUCAUAUUUAGUAUUUCCACACAGCAAUAACUGCUCUCCACAGGUGGAGGACACAUAAAGCAGUCAGGUCCUGGUGGGGACAAGUGGAAUGUCACUUUGUAAAGGGUGUCUCUGAAAGUCAUAAGGUUGCCUGUAAGCAGAGACUAAAGGCAGUAGAAACUCCCCAAGGCCAGGAGAAGGGAUUUUUGUCACCAAGCCACCCCUAUUAAGACCUCUGAGACAAGAGAAUAAGCAGAAAAGCCUCGAGGAACAUUCUAGUCCCAACACCAAGCAUUCUUAUUUGUCCUUAUAUAUUUUUGAAUUCCAGUAUAAGUUAAACAGAAAUGAGUAUCUCAGUAAGUUCUUAUUUUGUUACUACAAAAUAGAUAAAAUUCAGAUUCGGCAUUUAUCCUUCUAAGAGGGUGAGUUAGUCCUCUUUUGUUCCCAGGGUUUGGAGAGGUGUCCUGUCUGCAUUAGUCAGAGGGGCCACAGCCUGUGUUUCUAAUUAGAUUCCAAGAGGGGGUACAGCUAUUCUUUAGGUUCCUUUUCUGGAGUAUGAUCAUGGCUAGUGUUCACCAGCUCCCCCCACCCCCACUCUCUCUCACACACCCUGAGAUCUGGUUAUCCACAUAAACAUGAUGCCACCAUGAGUUAACUUUUCUAUUUUGAGAAGCAUGUCAGCUUGAAAUACCCCCACCUUGUCUCAGACGCAUGCGUGCUGACGGAGUUGCCAAAAUUGUCCCUUGAGUAAGUGGCAGCUUUAAAAGCCAACCAGCUGGGGACUCCACAGCAGAAGGUCAGCAAAGGAAAGUAGAAGUUGGAUUCUGAAGGCUCAAGGCGUCCUGAGGGGUUUCAUAGUGGUGGGAUUUUGAAGGCGUGAGCAUCUUGACUGGGUUCUGGCUUUCUGGCCUGUUGCUUCUCCCUGGGUACCACACUCCAAGAUGAACGUGCAGGCCUGCUCUAGGUGCGGCUAUGGCGUCUACCCUGCUGAGAAGAUCAGCUGUAUAGACCAGACAUGGCACAAGGCGUGUUUCCACUGUGAAGUCUGCAAGAUGAUGCUCUCUGUUAAUAACUUCGUGAGUCACCAGAAAAAGCCGUACUGUCACGCCCAUAACCCUAAGAACAACACUUUCACUAGUGUCUACCACACGCCUUUAAAUCUAACCUUGAAGAAGCCUGUGGCCGCCACGGGUGGGGUCAAUGGCCAAGAAGAUGGUAAGCAGGUAGAAUCCGUUUUCCACUGGGACAUGAAGUCCACGGAUGGAGCAGGCGCACCUAGUGGGCAGCCACUGCUGAGUGAGAGAGACUAUUGGCCAGGGUACGGAGACAGGAACACUUGGUGUCCAGGAGAUCUUCCAGACCCUGAGAUCGUAAGGAUGGUUGAAGCUCAGUCUCUUGGUGAGCAGGGCUAUCCAGAAGACUGUGAACAGCAGCAAGGCAAGGGGAGCUUCCCAGCCAUGAUCACACCUGCCUACCAAAGGGCCAAGACAGCCAACCAGCUGGCCAGCCAGGUACAAUACAAGAGAGGCCACGAAGAGCGCAUCUCCACGUUCACUCCAGUGGCAGACACUCCUGAGCUGCUACGGGCCAGAGCUGGGGGACAGCUUCAAAGUGACGUGAGAUACAUGGAAGACUGCGGAGCUCCGAGAGGAAAGGGCAGUUUUCCCGCCAUGAUCACACCGGCUUACCAGAUAGCCAAGAGAGCCAGUGAGCUGGCAAGCGAUGUGAGGUACCAUCAACAAUAUCAAAGAGAAAUGAAGGGAAAGGCUAGUUCUGUCGGGGCUGAGGGCGGCGUGACCAAGGAAUGUACAGACCAGUAUGGCCAGGUUUACUCAGAAGAGUGUGAUGAACCUCGGGGAAAGGGCAGCUUCCCAGCCAUGAUCACCCCAGCUUAUCAGAAUGCCAAGAAGGCCAAUGAACUUGUUAGUGAUAUAAAAUACAGGCAGGACUUCCAGAAGAUGAAAGGCGCCGCGCAUUUCCACUCGCUCCCGGCCCAGGACAACUUGGUUCUUAAGCGCGCUCAGAGUGUGAACAAGCUUGUGAGUGAGAAUAAAUAUAAGGAAAACUACCAGACGCACCUGAGAGGCCACUAUGAAGGAGUCGGUAUGGACAGGCGUAUGCUCCACGCUCUCAAAGUUGGCAGCCUGGCCAGCAACGUUGCCUACAAGGCUGAUUAUAAGCACGACAUUGUGGAUUAUAACUACCCAGCCACCCUCACACCGUCCUACCAGACAACGAUGAAACUGGUUCCCCUGAAGGAAGUCAACUACAGGCAGAGCAUCGACAAACUGAAGUACAGCUCGGUGACAGACACACCUCAGAUUGUCCAAGCCAAAAUCAACGCCCAGCAACUGAGUCACGCUAAUUACCGGGCUGACUACGAGAGAAACAAGCUCAACUACACUUUGCCCCAGGAUGUUCCUCAGCUGUUGAAGGCCAAGAGCAAUGCCAAACUGUUCAGCGAGGUGAAGUACAAAGAAGGCUGGCAGAAAACAAAGGGGAGAGGAUUUGAAAUGAAGCUGGACUCCAUGUCUCUGCUGGCUGCCAAAGCCUCGGGGGAGCUUGCUAGCGAUAUUAAAUACAAAGAAGAAUAUGAAAAAGCCAAAGGCAGAGCCCUGGGAACCACCGACUCUAAACUUCUGCAUUCUCUGCAGGUGGCCAAGAUAAACAGCGAGGUUGAAUAUAAGAAAGGGUUUGAAGAGAGUAAAACCCAUUUCCACCUGCCCAUGGACAUGGUGAACCUCAGGCAUGCUAAAAAGGCCCAAGCACUCGCCAGCGACCUUGACUACAGAAAGAAGCUGCAUGAAUAUACAGUGCUCCCUGAGGAUAUGAAGACUCAGUGGGCCAGGAAAGCCUAUGGGCUCCAGAGUGAGCUGCAGUACAAAGCUGACCUGGCAUGGAUGAAAGGGGUCGGGUGGCUGACCGAGGGCAGUCUCAACCUAGAACAGGCCAAGAAGGCUGGACAGCUCGUCAGUGAGAAAAACUACCGACAGAGGGCCGACAAACUGAAGUUCACCAGUGUGACCGACAGCUCCCAGAUGGAACAUGCCAAGAAGAGCCAGGAGCUGCAGAGUGAGGUGGCAUACAAGGCUGACAAUGAGCAGUCUAUCCAUCAGUACAGCAUCAGCAAAGACGAGCCUUUCUUCUUGCAAGCCCGGGCCAAUGCUGCUCAACUCAGUGAGACGCUGUACAAGAGCAGCUGGGAAAGGCAGAAGGCAAAAGGAUUUGAGCUGAGACUCGACUCCUUGACGUUCUUGAUAGCCAAAGCUAGGAGAGACCUGGCCAGCGAGGUGAAGUACAAGGAAGACUAUGAAAGAUCCAGAGGAAAACUCAUCGGAGCACAGAGUGCACAGGGAGAUUCACGCAUGAGCCACUCACUGCAGAUGUCCAAGCUACAGAGCGAACUGGAGUACAAGAAAGGCUUUGAGGACACCAAGUCUCAGUGCCACAUCUCCCUCGACAUGAUCCACCUCGCCCACGCCCGCCAGGCACAGCACUUAGCCACAGACGUGGGCUACAGGACAGCUUCAAACUGCUUUACGGCUCUGCCCACAGACAUGAAGGUGGAGUGGGCCAAGAAGGCCUACGGCCUGCAAAGUGAUAACCAAUACAGGGCAGAUGUGAAGUGGAUGAAAGGCACGGGCUGGGUCGCCACCGGGUCAUUAAAUGUGGAGCAGGCGAAGAAGGCAGGAGAACUCAUUAGUGAGAAGAAGUACCGUCAGCAUCCAGAUGCUUUGAAGUUCACCAGUAUUAAAGACACUCCGGAGAUGGUCCAGGCCAGGAUUAGUUAUACCCAAGCAGUGGAUAGAUUGUAUAGGGAGCAAGGAGAAAGCAUAAAGCACCAUUACACGCAGACGGUGGACUUGCCUGAAGUCCUGCUGGCCAAGCUGAAUGCCAUGAACAUCAGUGAGACACGCUACAAGGAGUCCUGGAGCCGACUUCGGGACGGCGGCUACAAGCUGAGAUUGGAUGCCCUUCCAUUCCAGGCAGCCAAGGCGUCCGGCGACAUUAUAAGUGAUUACAAAUACAAAGAAGCAUUUGAGAGAAUGAAAGGACAGAUGCUUGGCUCCCGGGGCUUGGAAGAUGACCUCAGCCUCGCACACGCAGUACAUGCGACCUCGCUGCAGAGCGGUGUGAGUUAUAAGAAAGCCUUUGAACACUCAAAGACUCACUUCCAUCUGCCGCUGGACAUGGUAACCUUGGUGCAUGCCAAGAAGGCUCAGAACCUGGCCAGCGACCAGGACUACAGACACCCGCUCCCCCAACACACAUCCUUGGCUGAAGACCUGAGGCUGAGCUGUGCCAAGAAAGCUCACAAGUUGCAGUGUGAGAAUCUGUACCGUUCGGACUUGAACUUCAUGCGUGGUGUUCCCUGUGUCAUCCCUGGCACGCUGGAGAUUGAAGGAAGAAAGAAAGCAUCCGAGCUCAUCAGUGAGAGUAAAUACCGCCAACAUCCUGGGUCAUUCAAGUACACAGCUGUGACAGAUACUCCAGACCUUCUGCAUGCCAAGUUCAGCAACCAGAUCACCAAUGAGCGUCUCUACAAAGCAGCUGGCGAGGAUGCCCGACACCAGUACACCAUGACUCUUGGUUUGCCCGAGUUCGCCCGAGCGAAAGCCAAUGCAGACAACCUGAGCGAGGCAAAAUACAAGGAGUCUUGGCAUAAUCUUCGUGCUCAAGGCUACAAGCUGACUAUAGAUGCUCUCCCGUUCCAGGCUGCGCGGGCAUCCGGGGACAUAGCCAGUGACUUUCUCUAUAGGCAUGACUUUGUGAAGGAGCGGGGACGGCUCAUCGGGGUCCGGAGUGCGAGUGAUGACCCAAGGCUACGGCACUGCCAGCGGAUGGGCCAGCUGCAGAGCGAGAAUCAGUACAAGAAGGAGGCGGCCCGAAGCCAAGCCCAGUGCCACCUGCCCAUGGAUAUGGUGCACCUGGUCCACGCCAGGAAGGCCCAGGCCCUGGCCAGUGACCAUGACUACCGGACACAGUGCCACGAGUUCACUGCUCUGCCGGAGGAUCUGAAGAUGGCCUGGGCCAAGAAAGCCCAUGCCCUACAGAGUGAGUUUCGCUACAGGUCAGACUUGAUGGGGAUGAAGGGCACAGGAUGGCUGGCUCUGAGAUCUCCUCAGAUGGAGAGUGCCAAGAAGGCUGGAGAGCUUAUCAGCGAGACCAAGUACCGUGAAAAACCAGACAGUAUCAAGUUCACCACGGUGGUAGAUUCUCCAGACCUUCUUCAUGCCAAGAACAGCUAUUUGCACUGCAAUGAGCGCCUGUACAGGUCAGGGGAUGCAGACUCCCUGCACAGAUACACCCCCAUUCCAGACCAUCCAGAUUUCACCCGAGCACGGUUGAACGCCAUGUACCUGAGUGACAAAGUCUACAGAAACUCCUGGGAGCAGAACCGGGCCGGUGGCUAUGACUUCAGGCUGGAUGCCAUCCCUUUCCAGACUGCCAAGGCGUCCAGGGAUAUCGCCAGUGAUUUCCGGUACAAAGAGGCUUUCCUGAGGGACCGGGGCCUACAGAUUGGGUACCGCAGCGUCAAUGACGACCCAAGGAUGAGGCAUUUCCUCCAUGUUGGCAAGCUCCAGAGUGAUAAUGAGUACAAGAAGGGCUUGGCCAAGGGUUGUUCCCAGUUCCACAGCCGCACUGACCAACCUGGCUUCCUCCAGGCCAAAAGGAGCCAGCAGCUGGCCAGUGAUAUACACUACAGGCAGCCGCUGCCCCAGCACACUAGCGACCCGGAGCAGCUGGGCCUGAAGCAUGCCCGGAAGGCCCAUCAACUGCAGAGUGAUGUCAAAUACAAAUCUGACUUGAACCUGACUCGAGGUGUCGGCUGGACCCCUCCCGGCUCCUACAAAGUGGAAAUGGCUCGUCGGGCUGCAGAACUGGCCAACAGGAGGGGCCUGGGUCUCCGGGGGGCUUAUGGGGGACCAGAGGAAGUGGGGCAUGGAGAUCAUCAGAGCCGGGAGGUGAACCCAGAUGCCUCGGAGAUUCUGCAUAUUAACAGGAGGAAGACUCCGCUGAUGUGA